CUUCAAAUUUACCCAAAAAAACCCUAAAAUACCAGUCGAAUAGCAAGUGAGACUGUGACCGAGUGUGUCUCACAAGUUGCGCCUCCUUUGCUGAGGAAAGUGACGCCACGCCGGCGCCGCCACAAGCAUCAUAUCGCCGUGCUUAGCCCAAUCUGCUCUCCUUCUUUUGGUAUUUCAUAUUUUUUUGAAAUAGAAAUUCACAAAUUCGUAUCUUUUCCAUCAUCAUCUCCAUAUAUUUUUUAGGUUUCCUCUUCUCUGAAUCACUCACUCAAACUGAGCUGAAGAAAAAAAUGUCAAUAUCCAGGCUUUUGUUUCUCCGACGAUGCUUAUACAACGACCAAACUCCCAAACUCACUUUCCUCUCCUCCCAUUUCCAAUCCUUCUCUUCUUCUCCUUUUUCUGAUGAUCCUGUUUCUCUCUCUGUUUCCUCGGAGCUCCUUAACAACCCGAGCUCCGACCCGCUUCCGAUCUCCGAACGCCUCCACCUCAAGUUCUCUCACAUCAACCCAACGCCAUCUCUCGUCCUCUCCACUCUCAAUCUCUCUCCCGAGGCCGGCCGUACAGUCCUCGGCUUCCACCAAUGGCUCCUCUCGAACCCUAACUUCACUCACUCUGACGAAACGGUGUCGUUCUUCGUCGACUACUUUGGCCGCCGCAAGGACUUCAAGGCCAUCAACGAGCUCCUUUCCUCUUCUCGUCUCUCGCUGUCGCUCGGCCCUAAAACCCUGCACGCCGCCAUUGAUAGGUUGGUCCGAGCGGGAAGGCCUGCCGAUACGGUGUCGUUUUUUGAAAAAAUGGAGCGAGAAUACGGCCUUAAACGCGAUCGCGAGUCGCUCACUCUGGUCGUCGGGAAGCUUUGUGAAAAUGGUUUUGCUAGUCAUGCGGAGAGGAUGGUGAAGAAUUUGGCGAAUGAGUUUUUUCCUGAUGAGAAGAUUUGUGAUUUGUUGGUGAAAGCCUGGUGUGUGGAUGGGAAGCUUGAUGAAGCUAAGAGACUUGCUGGGGAAAUGUAUAGGGGAGGGUUUGAGAUUGGUGUUUCUGCGUAUAAUGCGAUUCUUGAUUGUGUUUGUAAGCUUUGUAGGGACAAGGAUCCCUUUAGGCUUGAUUUGGAGGCGGAAAAGGUUUUGGUUGAGAUGGAUGUUCAUGGGGUUCCUAGAAAUGUGGAGACUUUCAAUGUGUUGAUUGGGAACUUGUGUAAGUUGAGGAGGACCGAGGACGCGAUGAAGUUGUUUCAUAGGAUGGGGGAAUGGGGUUGUUAUCCGGAUGAUACCACGUUUCUCGUGUUGAUUCGGAGUUUGUAUCAGGCUGCGCGGGUGGGAGAAGGUGAUGAAAUGAUUGAUAGAAUGAGGUCCGCAGGGUUUGUGAGUAAGCUUGAUAAGAAAGCCUAUUAUGGGUUCUUGAAGAUUUUGUGUGGGAUUGAGAGGAUUGAUCAUGCUAUGAGUGUUUUCAAGAAGAUGAAGGAGGAUGGGUGCGAACCCGGGAUCAGGACUUAUGAUUUGUUGAUGGGGAAGUUGUGUGCUCAUAGUCGUGUGGAUAGGGCCAAUGCGGUUUUUAAUGAGGCGAAGAAGAGAGGGGUGCCAGUGGAGCCUAAAGCUUAUAUGGUGGACCCAAGAUUUGCGAAGAAAAAGAAGGUGAGGGUUGUGAAGAGUAGUGUGAAGAAGAGGGAGACGUUGCCGGAGAAGAUGGCUAGGAAGAGGAGACGACUUAAGCAAAUUAGAUUGAGUUUUGUGAAGAAACCAAAGGGAAUGAUGCGACGUGCCUUCUGAGAUCGAUUGUAAUUUUAUUUAGCACACCUUGUUGGAAUUUUUGCAAGUGGUAUGAAAAUGGUGAUCAGAGUUGAUCAUUUGUUUUUGAUUA